AUGCUCAUCGCGCGAAACUUUAUUCUCAUGUCCAAAUCACUAGCAUGGAGCCAGGCAUCGCUUCAGCCAUGGAUACACGAUGCCAUAGACUCGCUUGGGUUUCGAAGCAUGACUCCUGUCCAAGCAUCGACAAUCCCUCUUUUUUGUGGAAACAAAGAUGUUGUAGUCGAAGCCGUGACUGGAUCUGGAAAGACACUCGCCUUUGCCAUUCCCGUGCUAGAGCGAGUUACAAAGUGUAUGAAGGAGAACAGAGGGAGCUCUGGCUUGUACGGUAUAGUCAUAUCACCCACAAGAGAACUUGCCAACCAAAUCAAUACCGUAUUUCAUACACUUUUACAAUUCUAUCCAGAGGACCAACCGCCCAUCAAAACCCAGUUAAUUGUGGGUUCAUUAGCCACCGUAAGAGAAGAUUUGAAUGCAUUUGCAGAGAACAAACCUCAGAUCAUAAUAGCAACUCCUGGUCGUUUGCUAGACUUUUUUUCAAGCAAUGCCGUCAAGAGAUCAACAGUUGAAAUGGUGGUUUUAGACGAAGCAGACCGUCUAUUGGACAUUUCAUUCCAGAACGACGUUGUGUCCAUUUUGAAAAAGCUUCCAAAGCAGCGAAGAACUGGGUUAUUUUCUGCUACCCUACUGUCGGCUGGUGACAGUAUCUUUCGCACUGGCAUGUCCAACCCAGUGAAAAUCUCUGUCAAUUCUAACAAAGCCGAAUCUAAACCACAGUCGUUGACUGUAAACUACAUGAUGGUCAACCCGGAGACGAAAAUAGCUGUUUUGAUCAACAUGUUGCUGACUUUACAGUACAAAAAAUGCAUCGUCUACUUUCCCACAUGUGCAUCGGUCAAGUACUUUUACUCGGUGUUCCAAAAAUUACAUCCACUUGAAGACGUCAACCUCACCUCCAUACAUGGCCAGCUUUUGGCCAAAGCUCGUCUCAAGGCGAUGAACAAGUUUACAGAGGGAGAUGUGCGUACUUCGAAACAUGUCUUGCUCACCACUGAUGUUGCUGCAAGAGGAAUAGACAUCCCCGAAGUGGACUUGGUGAUCCAGUUGGAUCCGCCAACUGAUCCAGAUAUGUUUUUACAUCGGUGUGGAAGGACGGGCAGAGCCAAUAAAGUGGGAAGAGCCAUCGUUAUGCUCAACAAUAACGCACUCGAAAGUGAUUAUGUUGACUUUAUGGAAGUCAAGGGCCUUAAAAUGAGCGAGGUUGAAUCGCCAGAUGUCAUUGAUGCCUAUAAAGCAUUUCUGAAAAACUUGAGAAAUUUGAUGUUGCAAGAUAGAGCAUUUCAUGAAACUGCAAUCAAGGCAUACGUGGGGUUUGUUCGCUACUACUCGAAGCACGCAGCCACCUCCAUCUUCCGUCUUCAAACUCUCGACUACAUUGGUUUAGCAAAAGCUUAUGGUUUAUUAAGACUUCCCAAAAUGCCUGAAUCAAGGUUUGUUCCUAACGACAGAAUGCCUGAAGACGGAUGGCUUGGAGAAAAAAUUGAUAUGAACAAAUACGCAUACGCCGACCCAGCCAAGGAAAAGAUCCGCCUUGAAACGAUGGAGGAAGAAUGGAACAAAAAAGUUAACGAUGCGAAGAGAAGAAAAGAACUAAAGGUCAAGAAUGAAGCUUGGUCGAGUAAAAAUGAAAAGAAGGAAGGAAAGCAAGAAAGGAGAGAGAAAAUGAAACGAAAGAGAGAAGCUAUAGAAAAACAAAUUAUGAACGAGUCUUCCGAUGAAGAAACUGUGGUCGACUGGAAAGAUUUGGUGCGAGAGAAGAAACAAAAGACAAGUGGAAUACUGGGUUCAUUUGAUGACUUGUAA